AUGAGAGUCAUUGAUGUGCAAAAGAAGUGCAUAAUUAACUACGAUUGGGAUUGGAUGGGACCAUAUUACGCUUUAAGUUACGUUUGGGGAACUCGUCCUUUCCUGACAUUGAAUAAGGCAAACGAAUCAGACUUGAGGAAAGAAGGCUCGCUCUCUCAAAGGUUGCUUCCAGAUACCAUCGCUGACGCGAUGGAGCUCGUGGACAAUAUGGAUGAGCAUUAUCUUUGGGUGGACAGCCUGUGCAUUCUCCAAGACGAUGACGCCGAUCAAAAGCGCUUCAUCAACCGCAUGAGAACCAUCUACCGGGCGGCGGAUAUGACAAUUAUAGCGCUCUGCGGCGAAGAUGCCUAUGCUGGUCUACCAGGAGUC